AACAGCUGUUACUGUUUAAUAAAAUCUGUAAUUAGGAGGAUUGAGGUUAUGUGUGCUUUAUUCGCGAUCAUUUGUUUGUAACUAGACAAUGAAUAUGUAAUUUUUACUUUGAGUUAUUAUGCAAAUUACGUAUUAUUACGUUUCAUUUUGAUAGAUCCUCUUAGCCAUAGGUUGAGUACUCCUUAUUUUAAAUUCAUUCUGAUUUUAUGUCUAAGUAGACAGUCCUUCCCAUUUAAGGUUCUGAAGUGUGUUUAAAUACGCGAUGGACUGUAGUUUAUCUGGAUAUGGUUACUACGUAGAAAGUAAAGGAAUCAACCCUUCUAAAUGUCUUACGCUAUAAAUUUUUAUUUAAGACAAGUGUGUCAGCUGAGGUUAAAACUAAUACCAUGAAACAGAAAUUUUUAAAAGUUUAGUGUCAAAUUUAGUGAAAAAAAUUCCAUUUUUUUUAUGGAUCCUGGAGGUUCAUUAACGCGCUCACAAGAGUCCGCCACCAUCCUAUCAGAGGCAUAUGAAUCCAGCUCACGUCCUCCCACCCAGUUUUACUACCAGCUGUUUUAAUAUUAUCCUCGUCUACAUGCCUAGGUAGUAUGGUUAAAAACGGACUAAAGAUUUUGACCCUCUGAGAAAUUCCUUGUGUGUCAGAAACAUUCGCUUAACAUUGCAUACAUAUGAACAGAUGAUUUUGUAGUAUUGUUUUGUGAUUGCUGUUUGAAAUUUCACAUGCUCAGCUGCAGUGAACAAGGGUCAUGGAGGAAGUUGCAUAGUUAGAGCUCAUAAUUUGUACUUUUCACCGAAUAUUGUUAGGAUGAUAAUACUGGGAGAAUGGUAAAGGCAGGGUGUUCAUGUAACAGAUGAAUUCAUACAGUUGAAGGGAAGACACCAGUUUGGAGACCUAGGUGUAGAUGGAUUCAGUAUGUUUCUCUGAAAUAUUGAGCUGUGAACAUUUAAUGAUGUUUCAUCAGCAUCAGAUAAUUCACAGUGUUAUCAGCACCACUGCAUGCAGACGUCUGUUGAAUGCAAGACACAUUACAGGGGUAGGCUCAAGAUACCAGACAACUGCAUCAUUUCCGUAUGAAGUAGAGGACAUCAGCGUCAGUGAUGGAGCACCUGUGUCACUACCAAAGGAAGCUAAAGUGGUUAUUUGUGGGGGUGGGGUCAUGGGCGCAGCGGUAGCAUACCAUCUGGCCGAGUUGGGGUGGGGACCACAGACCGUUCUUAUCGACAAAGGACGAUGUGGUGGUGGAACAACAUGGCAUCUCUCAGGAUUAGUCGGUGUUUUCAAGCCAUCUCUGGCGCAAGUGAAGUUAGCAAAAUCCAGUGUUCAGCUGUACAAAAACAUGGAAGCGAGAGGACUGAAGACAGGCUGGAAGGAAUGCGGCAGUUUGUGUAUCGCCAGGACCAGAGACAGGAUGAUUGCUUUCAGGAGGAUGAAGGCUCAGGCUGUGUCAUGGGACAUAGAUUGUGACUUAGUCACUCCACAAGAAGCGCAGAAGUUGUGUCCCCUGAUCGCCGUGGACGAUCUUCAGGGCGGACUCUGGAUACCUGGAGAUGGAGUUGGAGAUCCCUACCAGAUCUGUCUGUCACUUAUCUCCGCUGCUAAGGAGGGGGGACUGCAGGUUGUAGAGAACUGCGCUGUGCAACAGGUCCUGAACCAGAACAGGAAGGUAGUCGCUGUUGGCACAAGUAGAGGCAUGGUUGAGUGCCAGUAUUUUGUCAAUUGUGGAGGUUUCUGGGCUCGCAAGAUUGGGAAGAUGAGUGAGCCUUAUGUGAAAGUCCCACUUCAUGCCUGCGAACAUUACUAUCUGCACACAAAACCAAUUCCAGGCCUUGAUCCCAUGACUCCAGUUGUCAGAGACUUGGAUGGCCAUAUCUACUUCAGGGAGAAUGGAGGUUCGCUUCUUGCUGGAGGGUUUGAACCCAAAGCUAAACCUGCAUUUGAAGAUGGCACCAUACCAGAGUCAUCAGAGGAACGUAUUCUCCCUGAAGACUGGGACCAUUUUCAUGUCCUGCUUGAGCAGAUGCUGCACCGAGUACCGAGUCUUGGUGAUGCAGUGCUUGAGCGACUGUGCAAUGGACCAGAAGCCUUUUCACCUGACUGUAAAUGGAUUGUUGGUGAAGCCCCAGAGAUCCAGAAUUACUAUGUGGCUGCAGGCAUGAAGACUAUUGGCAUUUCGGCUGCUGGAGGAGUUGGAAGGGCCACAGCUGAGCUAAUCGUCAAUGGGUCCUCAUCAUACGACAUGUACGAACUUGAUGUUAGUCGCUUCCUUGGGCUCCAUAAUAAUCGGAAGUUUCUCAGAGAUCGGGUCAGAGAAGUUCCAGGUUUGCAUUAUGGCAUCAUAUACCCUUUUCAUGAAUUCAAAACCGGGAGAAACUUGCGGAUGUCACCCAUCUAUCCAAAACUGAGGGAAGCGGGUGCCGUGUUCGGACAAGUUAUGGGCUAUGAGAGGCCAGCGUGGUUUGACCCUGGUUACGCAUCAGGGAAUGAAUCUGGCUCCAAAAAUGGCCUUCAUCCUUACCGAAUUGCUUACACAAAUACGUACGGCAAACCCCCAUGGUUCAACUUUGUCCAUGACGAAUACGAAGCUUGUCGGGAACAAGUUGGUCUCAGUGACUAUUCUUCUUUCACCAAAAUAGAUUUUUGGUCCAAAGGAACAGAGGUGGUAGAUAGCCUGCAAUACUUAUGUUCCAAUGAUGUGGACAUCCCUGUUGGUGCAAUAAUUCACACCGGAAUGCAGAACAAGAAGGGUGGUUAUGAAAACGACUGCAGUCUGGCAAGAAUUGCAGAGAACCAUUACAUGAUGAUAGCUCCUACCAUCCAGCAGACGCGAUGCAAGGCAUGGAUUCAGAGACAUCUGCCCACUGAUGGCUCAGUUUCAUUGUCGGAUGUGACCUCUAUGUACACGGCAAUCUGUGUGAUGGGACCGUUCUCCCGCGUUUUCUUGUCUGAACUCACCGACACAGAUCUUAGUCCAAAGUCUUUCCCCUUCUUCACAUUCAAGGAACUGGACAUUGGUUUAGCGAAUGGAAUUCGAGCAAUGAACAUCACUCACACAGGGGAGCUGGGCUAUGUCCUAUAUAUUCCAAAUGAGUUUGCUCUGCACGUGUACACGCAGCUCAUAGAAGCAGGGCAGAAAUACGGUAUCCGGCAUGCGGGGUACUACGCCAUGCGUGCGCUUCGAGUGGAACGGUUCUUUGCAUUUUGGGGUCAGGAUUUAGACACAACGACUACGCCUCUAGAGUGUGGGCGCUCUUGGCGGGUAAAGUUUAAUAGAGACAUGGACUUCGUUGGGCGUGAUGCUUUGAUGAAGCAACGUGAUGAAGGUGUGAAGCGAAUGUAUGUGCAACUGAUAGUUCAGGAUCACGACCAUGAAGUUGAUAUAUGGCCGUGGGGCACAGAGCCGAUCUACAGAAAUGGCAAAUACGUUGGUGCCAUCACGACGACAGGCUAUGGUUUCACAUUCCAGAAACAGGUAUGCCUGGGGUUUGUCCAGAACUUUGAUGAUAAGGGGACAGCCCAAGUGGUGACACCGGAAUACAUCACCACAGGGCAGUAUGAGGUGGACAUCGCUGGGAUAAGGUACCCAGCCAAAGCGAACCUCCAUUCACCAAAUUUGCCAACGAAAUAUCCAGACAAGGAGAGACUUGCGUACAGGGCGACUAGAGAUAUUGUUAAUGAUGUCGUCAUCAGUACACGCAGCAAGUGAAUGUGAUAGUCUGCAAGUCACUGUUGCGACUCAGAAUGCUUGUGUGAAUGCGUGGGGAGUGUCAGUCAGGCUGGAUUGCUCUAACGAACUGGAGUGGAUGUGGAAGGAAGGGGUCAUGGUCCAAUUUGUGAUAUCCCAUUAUGUACCUGGAGGGGCUGAGGAAAACCACGGAAAUCUCAGUCACAUCUGAGGGCCAGGAUUUGUGGACAACGAAACAAGAGUGUUGCCAACUUGACUGUGACAUCCGAAUAUGCAUGUCUGUAGGAUUAAACUGGCAUGUGUAUCGGACAUAUUCUGUUGUCUCAUUUUUUGGUUGAGGAACAUGGCAUUUUUGAAGGUGGCUGUGCUUCCAAUGUCAGGUGAAAAUGUGGAGCCUACACUCUCAAGUGCAUUAAGCAAUGCUAUGUCUGUCCUCGGACACCUUUGAUGUUGUCUUCUUUCAACCAGAAAUGAGACCUUGCGAGAUGUUGAAUGCGUGCCUGUUUAAUAACACAUCUUGGGAGAAGAUGGUCCAGUACAUGGCAACUUUCGGAUAAUUUUGUUAGUAGGGACUGUGUAGCCGUAGAUUCAGUCUUUGCUUUGGUGACCAAGAGUGGCGCAUUGUAUGGAACACUGAACAAUGAUUUUGUUACCUUUUUGGGGGAUCAGUACUACCAAGCACUUCAUGAUAUGUGUGGUGUGGCUGUUGAGCAACUGAGCUAAGGAAAGGUGUAGUUCUGUUUCAGAUAGUUCCCUAAACUUUAAAUUGUUUCAUGUUGGAAUUAGUAGAGAGCUCUGUAACAUUUGAGGUCUUCAUGGUGGUGACUAUGAAGAAUGCCAUCUUCUGGGAUGUGGCGCUAUUAGAUAUUGUAUAAACCCUCGUUUCAGAGGACCGUAUCACCUCCAUCUUCAGGGUAGAAGGAAAAGUAAAAAUCCAUGAGUGAGGAAGCUGCAUGUGCAGGUGGCUGUACAGCAACAUGAAUGUGCGUUGUGAUAUCCCUACUUCUGUUUGUUACGCAGUUACACGGGCUGAAACUGUAUUUUGAUAUGGUUUUCCUUCUUAAUGUCUAGUCAUGGGUUUGGUGAAGAUCAGCCGUAAGUUCAUUGCAACUUACGGAACUGUAUAUGUUAUUUUUAAGUAUGACACGGGUCAUGAUGGAUUGAUUUCAGUUGUGUGUAAGUACAUAGCCACUGGUUUUACAGUCUGUCAUGUAAAUACACAGAGAUGAGUGUAGAACUGUGCAAUAUUCUCUGCUGCAUAUAGCUUAAAAAUAAAAGCAUAUAUAUAACUUUU